CUCUUUCACUGUUUCAGCUGUACAAGACAGACGCGCGAGGUCUUUCUGCAGAGGACCUUCCGACCUGCAAGCAGCAAUGCAUGAGCUGUUCCAAGCAAAAAUAGCGGCCUACACUCCGUGUCUCAGAGCAUCAGGGUUGGGCCGCGGCACAUCCUAUAGCUGAGCGGCCAAGAUUCUACCUACUCGUAACACAGGCAUUUCUAAGCAGAGCAAAAGGCAUCUGAAGGGGGGUUGCUGCAGGUUUUGGUGCUUUGGCAUCAAUUCCGUGAAAAAGAAGGGAGUGUUGGGAUUGUGCAGGGUUUGUUGAAGAGCUUCUUUCCCAUUGCAAAGAGUUGCUGUGGAAUGCACUAUCGAGCAGUUGCCAAGCAUUCUUGCAUCUGCUUAUGUGAAUGCAGAUUGAAGCCAUUCUAAAGCAACCUCAAAAGCAGCGUAAGGAGAGCGGAAAUCUAGGUUGAUGGGGUUGGUAGUAGCUGAGGAGGAGGGAUCCCCUGUGCAUGCAAGCCCAACGGCGGGUGCUGAGCCAGGGGGCCUUGAGCAAAGCGUGCAAAUGGGUGGGCGGCAGGGGUCCAGCUCUAGUGGGGACGACGCUCCCCCCGCUAGCUCAGCGGGCGCCCUCGCACGUCACUUGGACGGGUUGAAAAUAGACGUUGAUGCGGGGAGCGCCAAUGGGGGUCCCCCCCAGAACGGACAGGGGUAUGCGCAGCCACCAUUACCAAUGGGCUACGGGCCACAUGCAGGGCGACCGGGGGGCCACUUCGCAAACGGGGGGGGGCAGUUCGCAAAUAGGGGGGGGCACUUCCAGGGGGGCCAGCUUUCCCCGGAGCACUUUCCUGGGUCAAUGCACAUGAUGCCCAUGCCGCUGAUCAUUCCCCCCUCCCCAGCGGACACCCUGCACCUGCCAAUGACGCUCUCGUCCCCCCUGCAACCAAACCUGGACCCGAAUGCCCGCGAGUUUACCCCCUCCCCCUCCCCGUCCCCUUCGGGUGUGGUUGGCCUCCCAAUGCCCCCUCCAUUUUCAAUGGGACCCGGUUAUGAUCCCUCCUUUAUGUUUGGCCCAAUGCAAGACAUGGGGCACCCGAUGUUUGCCCAGAAUGGGGAGUUUAGUGGGCACUUCUUUAACCCCAACCAAUACAGCCCUGGCUCCGGUUCCCCCUCCCCCACCUCCUGGGAGAACCGCUUCAGUCCUGAGGGGGACCCGCAUCAUUCCAGGGGGUUCGGGCCCAUGCACGGCAGCCCCCCCGGGCGAGAACACGUCUCGCGGGCGCUGCUCAUCUCCGGUGUGGAUCCGGGCAUUGACGACGGCACUCUGCGCGACGAGCUCUCGCAAUGGGGCCCCGUGCGGGCGCUGGGUUUGGAGCGCAAACCUGAGGGUUUGGUGACGGUCAACUAUUUUGACCUGCGGCACGCCAAGGAGGCCUUGCACGAGAUCCAGCAGCACCACUUGAAGCACCAGCGGGAGAUGCAGGAUAUGCUCCAACAGGGCCCCGCGGCCGAGAAGGGCCGCCGGCCGCGUUCCCAGAAAGGAAGAGGGUCGGGAGACGUAGGAGAGGAUAUGGCGGAGAGGGGAAGGGGUAUGAUAAGCGGGCGCGCAGUAUGGGCGCAGUAUACACUGCCGGUGGGCGCCGCGGCGGGGCCGGAUGCGCAUAACCAGGGGACUCUCGUCGUAUUCAACCUGGAUUUGGACAUGCCGGUCGAGGAGCUGCGGAAAACGUUUGAGAAGUAUGGCGACGUCAAGGAGUUGCGCGAGACCCCCUCCAAGCGCCAGCACAAGUUCGUCGAGUUCUUCGACGUGCGCGCGGCGGCCCUCGCGCUGCAGUCUCUCGACGGCAUGGAACUGGGGGGGAAGCACAUCAAAAUCGAGUUCUCGCGCCCAGGGGGGCAGGCACGCCGCGCUCAGGCCGCGCGCGCAGAACCGGGGGGUCCAGUCAAUCUGAAGCCGCUGAAUGGGGGCAACCCCCCAGGGGGACCAAUGUUUGGGGUUGUGGGCUGGGAUAGAGUUGUGCAGAACCCCCCCGGAGGGUUUGCGCAGAUGAAUGGUGGGGGGGGCAUGGGUCCUCCGCUGUUCAUGUUCAUGCCGGCGUUCCCUGGGGUGGGGAUGGACCCUGGGGCUCCGAUGUUGCCUGGUGUCCAAUUCCCCGGGGGGCCUUUCCCCAUGCCGCCUUUCCCUCACAUGGUUCCCCCCUUCGGGUAUGCUGACCCCAUGGGCGGAUUCCCUGCUUUCCCAAGGGGCCCUCCGGUUCCUGGUUCACAGGAUAUGCAAGGGUUCCGAGGCCGACCGGGAGACCCCAAAAGGAAAGGAAAGGGACCCAACGAGGGGCGGGAGGAAGAGUUCGCGCAUGGUGGCCCGCUGCGGCGGCCCAAGGACGGCUCUCGCGACCCUCCCCGCGCGCAGUACACGUUUAGUGAGUUCGAGGCGGAGCUGCAGCGGGAGAACCCGCGCACGACGCUCAUGAUCAAAAACAUCCCCAACAAGUACAGCCAAGCAAUGCUGCUUGCGCUGUUGGACGCACACUGCGUGCGCUGCAACUCGAAGCUCCCGCCCGGCAGCAACGAGGCGCCCUCUGCUUACGACUUCGUCUACCUGCCCAUCGACUUCAAGAACCGGUGCAAUCUGGGGUACGCGUUUGUCAACUUCACGUCGGCGCAGGCGACCUUGAACCUGUACAAGGAGUUCCACGCACAGCAGUGGGAGGCGUUCAACUCGCGGAAAGUCUGCCAGGUCACGUACGCGCGAGUCCAAGGCCGGAAAGCCCUGGAGGACCACUUCCGGAACUCGCGCUUCGCGUGCGACACUGACGAGUACCUUCCCCUCGUCUUCAACCCCCCCCGGGACGGCAGCGUUUUGUCCCCCCCCAUUGUGGCGGCAGGGCACUUGGCCGGCAAAAUAGCUAGUUGCGCCGGCGCGGUGAGCGCUGUCGCACAAGCGCACGGGAUCUCAGCGAUGGAGGGGGGGGGGCUGAAGGGGCCCCGGAUCGGGCUGGUCCAAAACUAGGCCGCGGGAAUCAGGGUUCUGCAACGUUCCCUAGAAACCCUAAUCUUUGGAAAUCUUAAUUGUGAAAGUUUGCGAAUAAAAGAAGGCUCUAGUGGGUUGUUGCUCGCGUGGCAGCCAUUGUUAAAGGGUCGACUCCUCUGCACUGCCGAGUAAGGAGGAGUCGGAGGGAGUUGGGGUACUAGGACGGGUUUGCGCGCGGGAACAUGUGAGAAUUCUUUGUGAUCCCCAUUGUACGAGUAUGAAGGGCGGGGGGAAGUCUAGGGCCACGUACUUGUUCGGCCGAAAUAAACCGAAGUUGCGGCUGUCUUUCUGUGGAGUGGCGGGCGGACUCCAAGACAAAUAUGACACUAGACAUGCGUCGAGUGUUUGACCCUGGUAAUGUGUGACGGUCAUGCUCCUAGAAAGCACGUGCUUGUAGUGAACAAGAGAGCAUUGGAGGCAAGGAGGAGGCAAUAAGGGCGUGGUGCUUCCAAUAGAGGAAUCAUAGCUAAACAGGUUCUGCAUAAGCAUGACGGACUGUGAAGGGAGCUAGCGUGCAGCCUUGGUAGAUGGUCAUUGAAUCAAAAAGACGGCCGGUUUAACCAAAGCGAGUGGGUCGGCAGGCGAAGAGUGCAUAAAUAAUGCAUUACUUCACCGCAUGCAAAUCAACAUACGACCUUGGAUCCAAUCUACCGUCAUGAUGGUAGAAUACGAGUAGUUGUUGUGUAGCCCUGCUGGCAUACCAUAGCUCGCGAAAUUGACCCGA